AUGCGCGACUUAACACUUGCAAGAUUUUUCAACGCACCCACAGAUCCUCGCAUAACCGCCGACUUCUUAAAUCUUGUUCCUGACGAUGGCCCUCUCAGUGCUGAGCGGCCAUCCGACGGCGAUUCUCUACAUAAACUUCUCGACGAAGGUUUCUUGGUUGAGGCAGCCAAGCAACUUUACGACCAAGGUCAUCCACUAGCCUUCGAGUUGGCGUAUGAGAAGACAGAAAUCGACCCAGUAUUGGUUGUUUCAUUCCCUUUUUAUCAAUUCGAGAGGAAGAGAUGGUGGAAAGAUAUUUCAAUCUCUACACCACCUGGCAAUGCUCUUACCCAUAUCUCAUCAGCUCCAUCAUCGGCCAAGCCCGUCGGAACUCAUCCAGCAGACGGCUCUGGUGUGUUUGGUCCCGACCUCGGUCAAGCGGCAUUCGAAGAGCUUGUACGGCAAUUCGGCGCGCCAAUCCAAACCCCUCUGAGCAAGAAGGAUCCGAGCGUCUUACCAGGCCCUCCGUUGGCAUAUCUCAUAACAGGCGCGAAUGGGAUGCUCGGCUGCCAACUUCUUUCCCGCUUUCUGUGCCACACCAACUCCCAUGUCUACUGUAUUAUUCGUGGCGACCCCCUCGUACGCCUGCAGUCAGCAUUCAAGAGAUUCCAACAGGACGAACGUCAUCUCGAGGAUGCCCUCACUGACGGUCGACUUCAUCUCAUGCAGACUGGCGACCUCUGUGCCGGGCAAUUGGGCCUGACACCUGUUGAGUACACAACUCUCUUGGAUCACGUCGAUCGCAUUAUCCACCUCGCGUGGCCCGUAAAUUUCAACUUGCCGCUCAAAGACUUCUUACCGUUCCUUGCAUGCACACGAGGCCUUGUUGACUUCUGUUAUUCGGCAAAGAAAUUGGUCCGCUUCUUCUUUAUUGGGUCCUAUGCUAGCACGUUCAAUUACCUGGCUGAACGUGUUCCAGAAAAUGAACUACCGCUGAACGUCUCUUAUUCACUCUCUCAGGGCUACGCCGUCGCGAAACUCAUCGCCGAGCACUCACUUAUCAAGACGCAUAGGAAUGACCCUUCCGCCUUCCGACUCUCGAUCAUUCGUGUUGGCCAAGUUUGUGGCGAUACGGUGACUGGGUUCUGGUCGCAAGAUGAGCUCAUGCCCAUGGUCAUCGCGUCUCUGCCUGCGUUGAGAGCUCUUCCAGCUCUCUUCCCACCGGUUGCAUGGAUCCCGUCCGAUGUGUGUGCCAAUACCCUUUUCGACCUUGCCACCACCGAUCAAGCCCCCGAUCGACAUUUAGUUCAUGUGGCUAAUCCCGUUGCCCUUCCCUGGCCCGAGACCGCUGCUGAAAUAUUCCGAUUCACGCUCGGGGCACCUGCAAAAUUAGUGGAAUUCGGAGAAUAUGUCCAGCUCAUCAAGGCCUAUACCGAGCCGCUGCCAGUGCGUCGGUUGCUACCAUACUUCGAAUGCCUCAUAGAGACAAUGCCAGACCGCUAUGCGGUGCUAGACGUGGCAGUCUCGAUGCAAUAUAGCAAGUCGCUCGCUGCUUGCCCACCUAUCUCUGGAACCUUGUUGCAGCGUAUCGUUCAGCGAGUGCUGGACGAGCAAUCACCUCAACAAGUCGCCGAGCCACCCACUACUAACCAUCGUUCCCCAAUAUUCAUUUUCGGACCAUUGUUGUCUGUUGAUGGCCUCGUCCCAGACGCUGACAUUCUCCACAGAAUUCUCAAUCAUGCCGAGGAGUCACGAAAAGGGUUGAGCGAUGUGUCGAAACUCGACGGAUCGUUGCUUUUCAAGCAGCUUACCACCCUCGCAAUGCAAUUGGGCACGGUAGAAUCACUGGCGAAAGAUGGCAUUCGCCCUCAUGCAGUGCUUGGCUACUGCUUUGGGGAGUAUGCAGCUGCCGUUACGGCGGGCAUUCUCCCAGAGGUAGUUGCUGUCGACCUGCUCGUGCGAAGAGCUUUAUCUCUCCGAAGUCAGGAGAGGGCUGGUGCCAUGCUGAAUGUCUUUUGCGAUCUCAGAACAAUUCGCCCCAUCCUCGCCUGCCUACCAUCUCCUCCUUCCAUCGCCAUCGUUGCGGGUCCAUCUCAUGUCGUUCUUUCGGGCAGUGUUUCCCAAGUACAAUCCGCGCAGGCCGAACUCCAGCAUCGACGAGUUCGAACCUUCCUUGUUGAUACCCCCGUUCCAUUUCAUUCGGCUCUCAUUGAUAACGCCAUCUCGCAAUUUCAACCCCCAGUGUAUGAUGCAAAGACAACUUCUGUGGCAUACAUCUCCGGCGUCACCGCGUCGACAAUCAGCGGCCAUCUUUUAGGUGUCAACUAUUGGCUUCGCCAUAUGCGAGAAACGGUCAAUUUUUACGGAAGCAUGGUGUUUGUCCGAAGAACCCUACCUGGCCAUCCAGUCGUCGACGUUGGACCCCACAAUACACUCUCGAAGAUCAUCAGUCGCUAUGAAUGGUCCGAAGUCCGCGUAUACAGUGCAGACACCGCCCGUUCUAUUCCUGUAACCUCGACGCAACGCGCAGCGGUCUCGAUGACAGAUUCAGACACCCUAUCAGCGACAACCAGAGGCCAGACCCCUGGGACAUCCAAAGAGCAAAUUCAAGUCGCAGAAGCAAAUACGAUAGCUCUACAGGUCCUCAAGGAACUUUUUGGAUAUGAACCGACUGUAGACCUACUCCGCCAGUCGCUUCAUGCAAUUGGAUUGCAGUCGCUUGACUUCAUUCGUUUCUCGGACUGCUACGGGGCGAAAACCGGCUUGUUUCUGUCCUUGUCGGCCUACAUAGCAGACACUCCGCUGGAGAACGUCGUUUCGAGUGCAAUGAAGUCGGCCUAUUCUCAACCUAAACACCAGAUCUCUAAUACUUAG